AUGUAUGCUUUCGAAGUUGCUUCACGGUAUGAUAGGAUACAUCUGAGGAAUACGCACUACAAUUAUGCAAAAUAUUUGGAAAGAGCUGGAGCUUUGGAACCGGCCAUUGAAAACUUUGAAAAGUCCGAAACCCACCACUUUGAGGUGCCACGAAUGUUUGCAGAUAGUCCCAAGAUAUUGGAGGGCUAUGUACGAAGAAAAAGAGAACCGGAAUUACAUGCAUGGUGGGCACGAUAUCUCGAAAGUAUUGGAGAGCUGGAAGGGGCAAUGGGUUUCUACAGCGCAGCCAAAGAUAAUUUGUCCUUGGUCAGAAUCAAAUGUACCCAAGGAAAACUGGAGGAGGCAGCUAAUCUAGCUCUCGAAUCAAAAGACAAAGCUGCUUGCUACCAUGUUGCUAGAAUAUUUGAAGCUGAGGGUGAUUAUUCAAAAGCUGUUGAUUUCUACACCAAAGCACAUGCUUACAACAGUGCUAUAAGACUGGUCAAG